AUGGACAGAUCCAUAAUAGCUGUUAUUGGCACUACCGGCGUUGGAAAGUCAGAUCUGAGUGUGCAGUUGUCAAAAGCUUUACAAGGCGAGGUUGUUAAUGCGGACUCCAUGCAGGUUUAUAAGGGAUUGGAUAUUAUUACGAAUAAAAUAACUACUGCAGAACGCGAAGGAAUCCCCCAUCAUCUUAUGGAUUUCUUAGAACUACCUCGCGAAUAUAAAGUGACUGAAUUCAUUAGCGAUGCCAUGCGGAUUAUUCGCGAAAUUCACGAUAGAAAUCACAUUCCAAUAGUUGUUGGCGGAACCAACUACUACAUUCAAUCUCUUUUGUGGAAUAAUUCACUGGUGGGAGAUUUAUCGGUUGAUAAUGUGUCCGAAGAGUCGGAGAAUGAUGACGACUUUGGAGAACUACUUAGUGCGGAUACAGACAUACUCUAUGAACGCUUACAACAUGUGGAUCCUAUCAUGGCAAACCGGUGGCAUCGGAAUGAUAGACGAAAGAUACGCAGAAGCUUGCAGAUAUAUUUACAAACAGGCAAACGGCAUAGCGAUUGGAUUGAAGAACAACAGCAUCAAGGAGAGAGUGGGAACUCGUUAAGAUAUCACCGGACGUGCAUUUUUUGGCUGUAUGCUGAACCUAAAGUCCUUGAUGCUAGACUUGAUGCACGAGUGGAUAAGAUGAUUGAGUUGGGGCUGUUUGACGAAAUCAAGCACCUUCGAGAGAAGUCUAAUUCAACAGACGACGUUAGCGCUUCGGAUGGGAUCGCCGCCAAUUAUACCCGAGGAAUAUGGCAGGCUAUAGGUUACAAAGAAUUCGACCCAUACAUCACAGCUCUUUCCUUAGAUCCCCCCCUCCAACCUGACAAGCUCGAAGCUUUGAAAUCUAGAUGUAUCGAUGCAAUGAAAACGGCUACCCGCAGGAAACUUGUACUCGUUCUUAAGUUGAUUCUAGCCCUCGACGAGUGGGACCGUAAUGUACGCGACACGGCUAUUAAUAUCGCUAGAGAAUUCUUGACCACCGGGAGAGGACCGGAUCCUUUCUCAUCCCUGCGUGCACAACAACUAUUGACACCAACCAAAAAUACUACCCCAUAUGACUUGAUACGCACAUGGAGCAAACACGACUGUGAAGUAUGUUCUUCAAUGGAAGGAAGACCUGUUACGCUUGACGGUCAAAAUGAGGCCGACCAGCACUUAAAGAGCAAAAUGCAUAGAUCGAACGUCAAAUUAAAAAAACAAAUAGGCGACCACCAGGAUGGGGUUAUGCCGGAAUGGCUAAAAGAGAAAAUAAGACUAAAGAAGGAAGAACAUACUACCCGAAAUAUUGAUGCCAUUUCUUGA